AUGAAGAAACUCGGCAUCGGCAAGAAGAAAGACGGUGACGACGACGGCAACCGUCGAGCUCUAUUCGGCGGACGAUCCAAGGAUAAAUCCCCUGCCCCAUCAACCAACAACCCGUACGCCAACCUACCUACUCAGGCAGAUGCAUACAACCAGGCCAAGGCGAGAGCAGGGGUUCCAGGCUAUGCACAAGCACAACGUGGACCAAGUCCUGCUCCUCCGCCAGCACAGCAGGGCGGAUAUGGGGGCAUGAAUGGAGGUUAUUCGGACGAGAAAAAAUCGGGCGGUUACGGUGACGAGAAGAAAGGCGCAGAUCGGUAUGGUGCAUCUAGUGGGUAUGGUACUGAUAGAUAUGGAGCUGAAGGCUCACAAACGGGUGGUGCUGGUUCGAGAUAUGGACCUGGCGGCUACGGCGGGCUUGGAGCUGCUCCUGUGCCAGAUGAAAACAAAGAUGCCUUGUUCGGCAGAGCAAAAGAGCGUGUGCAGAAGCAAGAACAACAGCAGAUGGGAUAUGGUCAGCCUCCGCCAUAUGAGGAAGGUGGACAGGAGGGGGGAUAUGGCGGGAGCUCGGGGCCUAGCUACGAGGCCUAUGGAGACAGGCACUUGACAGCAGAAGAAGAGGAGGAAGAGGAUGUGCAAGCUACGAAGCAACAAAUCCGGUUUAUCAAACAAGAGGACGUUUCGUCGACUCGCAAUGCCCUUCGUAUGGCAGCACAAGCCGAAGAGACAGGCAUGAACACACUCGCCCGUAUUGGAGCCCAAGGCGAGCGGAUACACAACACCGAAAAGAACCUAGACAUCACGGCGAAUCAUAAUCGCGUCGCCGAAGACCGAGCCAAGGAGCUGAAGAAGUUGAAUAGAAGUAUGUUCGCAGUGCACGUUUCAAACCCUUUCACCGCAGAGUCACGUACCCGACGAGCAGAUGAAGACGUCCUGGAGAAACACCAGCUUGAGCGGGCACAAAGGGAAGCUACCCGAAGAGCGGGAUACGAUACGGAUCAGCGCCUGCAGAAGACUUUCAAGGACAUAACAAAGGAGGGCCCGAAUGCUGCCGCGAAGAAGCAGGCGACUUUAGCGGAGAGGGCGAAGUAUCAAUUUGAGGCUGAUUCGGAAGAUGACGAGAUGGAGAAUGAAAUCGACUCAAACUUGGAUGCAUUAGGAGGUGCAGCGGGUCGGUUAAAUGGUCUUGCAAGGGCGACUGGGAAGGAGGUUGAUGAACAGAAUCGCCAUCUAGAGAGAAUCAAUGCGAAGAGCACGAAAGUGGAUGACGAGAUUGCCCUCAAUAGAGCUCGUCUGGACCGCUUCCAUUGA